UAGAGGAAGAGGAGAGAGGACGGAGGGCUGGGGGAGUUGGUUUCCGGAAUUUCUACUUUCGCUUUGUAUUUUUUCCGUGGCCUCGUCCUCUUAUUUUUCUCUCCGAAGCGAUCAUCAGGAGAAGGGAGGCGAUGCGGCCGUUAGGGCUUCGGAGGGGCGGGGGUUUUGGAGCUGGGGAGCGAGGGUUUAUGGUUGAUUCGUUUAGUUUGCGCCUCUCGAUGGUAUCUCAAUGUUACAGGGCCCGGCGGGUGCUUUCCAUGUGAUCUCGAGUCCAAAUAGUAUGAGUUCUGCAUCAGCUCAGUUUGCAACUUCUAGAAGGAUGGGUAUAUAUGAACCAAACCACCAAAUUAGCAUGUGGGGCGACUCCUUUAAAGCUGACAGCAGUCAAAAUACAGGUGCAUCUACGAUUGUGGAAGCAGAUGCCAAACAUGACAAUAGGUUAGGAGAUAUUCCUCGUGAGAGCUCAGGACCAUCAAAAAAAUAUGACCAGGAGGCACACAAACCUGCAGAUAAGGUAUUAAGACGUCUUGCACAGAAUCGAGAGGCUGCUAGGAAGAGUCGUCUAAGGAAGAAGGCUUAUGUUCAACAGCUAGAAUCAAGUCGUCUAAAACUGUCUCAGCUAGAGCAGGAGCUUGAGCGGGCUAGACAGCAGGGUGUUUACGUAGGUGGGCAUUUAGGAGAUUCGACUCUUGGCUUAUCAGGAACUGUUAAUUCAGGGGUUGCUGCUUUUGAGAUGGAAUAUGGGCACUGGGUUGAAGAGCAAAACAGGCAAACUUGUGAACUCAGAACUGCUUUACAAGCACAUGUAUCUGACAUAGAGCUCCGCAUGCUUGUAGAGAGUGGAAUGAGCCAUUAUGAUAAUCUUUUCCGAAUAAAAGCAAUUGCUGCAAAGUCAGAUGUCUUCUAUCUGAUGUCUGGCAUGUGGAAAACAUCUGCAGAACGGUUUUUUCUAUGGAUUGGGGGAUUUCGGCCAUCAGAGCUUUUAAAGGUCCUCAGUCCACAAUUAGAUCCUCUGACGGAGCAACAAGUUGUGGCUGUCUGUAACCUGCAACAAUCUUCUCAGCAAGCUGAGGAUGCUCUUUCCCAGGGAAUGGAUAAACUUCAACAAACUCUUGCAGAGACGCUAACAUCCGAUCCAUUAGGUGCCUCUGGUGUUGCAAAUUACAUGGGACAAAUGGCAAAUGCAAUGGGAAAGUUGGAGGCUCUUGUAAGCUUUGUGAACCAGGCAGACCACCUUCGGCAGCAAACCCUGCAGCAAAUGUACAAGAUUCUCACCACCCGCCAGGCAGCACGAGGCCUCCUCGCGUUAGGUGAUUACUUCCAGCGACUUCGUGCCCUGAGUUCUCUAUGGGCUGCUCGCCCUCGUGAACCAGCAUAGUAAUUUUUGGAACAAUUACCUUGUAACUUAAUGUUCUGAUGUGAAUCUGUGACCAACCAUCUAGCUAAGGAAAUGCGGUCGCAACAAAAUGGCUUCUAGGGUUGUCUGCACUAUAUACAAUUUGUUGGCCGCUUAAACUGGAAACAGGGGCCUUAAAAGGGUAGAUAUAUGUAUGUAUUCUUCGGAGCUCCAUGAGAACAGCAUGCCUGAGGUGCCGCUUGAAAUCUAUUUAUGGUGAUGUAUGUUGUACAUUAUAUUACAACUCUUUGUUUUGAUGUAAGGAAUCCGGCAGGGUUAAUAUUGCUACAAUGAUCUGAUGAAUCCUAUAUUGAGAAAUCUGAAUGCGGUAUUUUGCAAAGAA